AUGGGCCAGGACCACAUAGAGGUGGGUUUGGGAGAGCUGCUCCAAUGGGGGGACCAGGGCCACAGAGAGGGGGCUUUGGAGAGCCAGGAUUUAGGAGAUGUGGACCAGUGGAUGAACCAGGACAUCAGAGUGGUGGGUUUGGAGGGCCUGGGUUUGGGAGAGCUGCUCCAAUGGGUGGACCCAGGACUAAAAGAGGGCCGUUUGAAGGACAAGUACUUGAAAGAGGACCCCAAAGAGGAGGGUUUGGAGGACCAGGAUCGAUGGAUAGGCCAUGGUCUCGUAGAGGGGGGCAUCGAGGGGCAGGUCAGGGUAGAGGUGGGGAACACAGAAGGGGUCCUGAAGAGCCAGCCUUUGGUGAUAGUGAAAACAGAGAGGAUCCUGUUUGUGGUCCAAGAUCUCAUCAAGGACACAGGGGUCCAGAUUUUGAGAGAGUUUGUGAACGUAGACUGGGAUCCAUGGAUGAACCAACUUGUCGAGAUUAUAGAGGACAUGAAUCAAAUCCUGCAUCACAAAGGGGUGGGCCAAGGCCAGAGUUUGGGCCUGAAGGUGAAGGUUAUGGUCCUGGCAUGGAGAAUAGCAGUUGUUAACUCGAAUUCUUUACGCUCUUUAAUCUUCAUUUUGGCCUUAAAUAUCAGGUGCUGUCCAAGUCCAAAAAUAUGA